AGGGGCAUGUAAACACCAACGAUUUGAUUAUGGUUGCCUCUUGCGUUGCCUACGGAUGUGCGAACAGGCUGAAGAAGCGUUGUGGCCUCACGUUUCACCUGUUUCCAAAAGAUCCGGAGCUGCGGAGCCUGUGGGAGCGGGCUGUUCGCCGUGAAAGGUGGCAUGCGAAAGAUGGAGAUCGCCUUUGCUGUGUGCAUUUCGCGCCGGAGUGCUUCGACCGCACCGGACAGACAACACGACUGCGUGCGGGUAGUGUUCCUUCUGUGUUCCCUGCGUUUCCGGAGCAUCUACAGAAGCCCGUGAAAAGGAAGCGUCCAGGCCGCAAGCAUUAAGACUGGUUCCAGAAACUGGAGGACCACAUCCUUGAUCUUGAUCCACUUGAUAACCAUAUUUAUAUUUUGUGCAAAAAAAUCGCUGAAGAAUAUAUAAAAGUGAGAAUACACCACAUGACGAAAGAACGAAACUGUGAACUGAUCAAAAACAAAGUGAGACCACUUUUG